ACCGGCGGACUUGUUCUUGUCGGGGUGGUAGCGGAGGGCCUGCUUCCUGUACGCCUUCUUGAUUUCGUCUUCCGACGCGCCCUUGGCUAUUCCCAGCACCUUGUAGUAGUCUUUCCCCAUCACAACGGCCGCUCACUUCUUCACCCACGUCUCGGGAAAAAACGACAUUCCAGGUGGAGCGGCUGCCAACUACCGCAUGCGGUUAAACGGCGCUAGCUUAUUGGCUAGCUUCAGGUAAAUUAGCUUUCCGCUUCACGCCAAAGACGAGGACUCAAGUGUCACCCACAUUGAACGAGCAGACGUCAGACCGGCGAGUCGAGCGGGGUCAACGGUGACUCGACGUCCCGGGGCUAUCGGUGGGGGCGCCGAGGCAGGCAGCCAGCCAGCGGCAGGAAAGAAACUUCUGGAAGAAGCUCGGCUAGCGUUCAUGACGUGUUUGUUGAGAUGAUUCCCUGCUGUUACCUCCGGGUUUGUGCGAAGACCAGGAAGUGGGCUAAACGCAUUUUUUAACGCCAAUGCUGUAAAAUAACAGUUUUUCCUCCUUAAAUCACAUUUUAUUAUUUUUCAUAUUAGUUAAAGCGAUAUGUGGUUGUGACACACAUCAUAUUUUACGACUUUUCCUCACUUUUAGCUAGUUUACAUCAUACCGUCGCCCUCUUUACGAUCAGUGUAUUAUAUUAUUAUAUUUUUAAUAUUCUCAUUCCGCCCUAUUUUUUGACGGUGUUCUACAUCCACAUUUUACAUCCAAUCCACACCGUUUCAACUUCAACAUGUUCCAAAAAUUCACGCCACGCACACCAUUUCCCACAGUUCCACAUUUGUCACCCCCCCCCCCCUCCCACCACCACCACUUAAUUCCCAAUGGAAGAUGCUAUAAAACACAUUCACAUCAAUCCCACUCACUUUAUAAACAUGAAUUAUGCAAUUCAACCAAUACUCUGUAUUAAACAUAAAAUGUGAUUUAGUAAUACAUGACCAAAAAAAACAUGCUGCACUCACAGGCCAGGGAGAGUUGGCAGGAACACAAACAGACAAAAUCUCAAGACUUGAGAUUAUGAAACAAGAUACUUUAUGAACAAUUUUGCAGUGGGAUCAAUACUCUGUAUUAAAUAUAAAAUGUGAUUUGGUAAUACCCAAAAAUUUGCCACGCUCACAGCUGAGAAAGGACAAUGAGAGAUGGCGGUAACACAAUCAGACAAAAAUAAAAAAUAAAUACUGAGAUAUGUUUAUCAUAACAUCUUCUGGACACUUUCGGGCACAGCCUUACUUGCUCCUCAUGUAAAAUCACCACUUGAGAGAUCUGCGUAGAGGACAUCAUUCAUGGGACAUUAAAGGUCAAUAGUAGGAAAGAAUAGGUAAACAGGUGGUCCAGGGGUCAGUGGAGUAAGGGGGGUGGGUGUACAUGUGUGUCGGCAUGUCGAGGGACUUCAUCACACCAGAUCGGACUUUAAAGCAGGCCUGCUAAAGCCAGAAUCAAAGCGGAUAGGAGGAGUGUCUUCUAAAGUAGAAGAUCGCUGACCCGCGUCCAAGGACCGCACGUCGGUAUUUGUCACUGGCCCGACUGCGUACUGUAUGCGUGGGCCCAAGGUUACGGCCGAGCUGCUGUGUGAAGAGCAAAUCAGGCGGCUUAUAUUUAGCCUCGCAAAUGGCACUCUGUGGAUUAUGUCUUGCGGCUCUCCGGUUUCGUCUUCAGCGCCUCUGCCUACCGUGACGGGGGCUGCAGUCUGAGCUAUUCAGGUGAGGCUCAAUGUCAUGUUCUUCCACACCAGUUCGUCUUCCAGGCAUUUUUUCGCUCUUCCUUCGGCACACAAACCCAAAGGAUAUUUGCGUUUCACUGCCGUCUUCCUCUGGGGGUGAAAGGCUAUCAUCGCACCGCUCGUCCCGGACCCACGGACUAGUAGCGCUGGAGGUUGUUCCACCGGACGACUCUUGGGAAUCAUGGACGUCCUCGCCUUAGAGGCAAAGAAUGUCAACGGUUCAGAGCCUGAGAAAAAGUCUUCAUCCAGGCCCCGACCCAAACCGCCCAAAAAGCCAAAAAGGAUCGUUUACUUUGAGGUGGAGAUUGUGGAUGUAAAGACCAAGGAGAAACUGCUCCUGCUGGACAAGGUGGAGCCAACUGCCACUAUUUUGGAUAUUAAGGCUCUGUUUCACAAAUCAUAUCCAAAGUGGUACCCGGCCAGACAGUCCCUGCGCUUGGAUCCAAAGACCAAGUGUCUCAGGGAUGAGGAAGUCCUCCAAACACUUCCCGUGGGAACCACAGCCAGCUUCUACUUCAGGGACCUCGGACCGCAGCUCACAUGGGGGACUGUGUUCCUUGCAGAGUGCGUCGGUCCGCUGGUCAUCUAUUUAAUGUUCUACUUCCGCGUCCCCUUCAUCUACGCUCCAAAAUACGACUUCACCGCCAGCAAGAACUGGGUCGUACAUUCUGCUUGCAUCUGUCACUCUUUACAUUACAUCAAGAGGAUUUUGGAGACAAUGUUCGUCCACCGCAUCUCGCACGGGACCAUGCCUCUCCGGAACAUAUUUAAGAAUUGUGGCUUUUACUGGAGUGCCGCGGCCUGGAUGGCGUACUACAUCAACCACCCGCUCUACACGCCGCCGCUUUACGGGCAGCAGCAAGUGAAUGUCGGACUUUACUUUUUCUUGUUUUGCCAACUUGGGAAUUUCUCCAUCCACGUCGCGCUUCGGAACCUCAAGCAACCAGGUUUAAAAGUCAAGAAGAUUCCUCACCCGACGAAGAAUCCCUUCACGUGGAUUUUCUGGCUGGUGUCUUGUCCAAACUAUACGUACGAGGUGGGCUCGUGGCUGGGCUUCAGCGUGAUGACGCAGUGCCUGCCCGUGGCUCUCUUCACGCUGGCCGCCUUCGUGCAGAUGAGCGUGUGGGCCCGAGGCAAACACCGCGGCUACUUGAAGGAGUUCAAGGACUAUCCCACCCUGCGCUCCCCCAUUCUGCCCUUCAUCCUCUAGAACGCCUCACCGCCUCGGCUGGGGUGAUGGCGGGGGGAGGCGACCUUUUUCCUAUCAGGGGCCAUUUGUGUUCAAAUCCUCCCAGAGUCAUACGAAAUGUAUGCAAAAAAAUAUAAUGCAAUGAAUGUUUAUUAUUACACAUUUUGAGCAAUUUCUUCUAUUUGUUUUGACAUUUGCAUGGCGAUCUGUGUACUGGAUGGACUGCCACCAUUUGGAGCGCGCAACGUUUGGCUGCUUUAAAGUCUUAAUUUACGGAGAAAGUUUUUAUUUUUUUUAUUUUGCUACAUUGCUUGGUUUUGAACGUAUUUAUACAUGUCAGUUGGCUGCUACUGUUGGCAGGGGUUUCACCACAUACAGCGAAAAGUGAUAUACUUUUAAGCUUUUGACUGAUGAAACAAGUUUGUUUGACCACGAGCAUCAUGAAGUGCUUUCACGGAAACAUUUUAUGCGCAAGUGAUUUUUUUUGAAUUACUUUAUUUAAUUAAUUAAAAACUAAA